AUGGCUGGUGGCACCGUUCUUCCCGUGCCUGGCCAGCGGAAUAUCCUUAUUACCAGCGCUCUACCGUUUGUGAACAAUGUCCCGCACCUUGGAAAUAUAAUCGGAGGACGCGGUAUCAACACUCUAUAUGUCGGUGGGACGGGUGAGUACGGCACCACAACGGAGGCAAAGGCCCUGGCAGAGAAUUGCACGCCACAAGAACUCUGCGACAAAUACCACGCGAUUCAUGCUGAGAUAUAUGAGUGGUUCAAUAUCAGCUUUGAUAUCUUCGGCCGCACCACAACGCAACUCCAGACCGAGAUUACGCUGGACAUCUUCUUGAAGCUGGAGAAGAAUGGGUUCUUGGAGGAGCGCAUGACUACCCAGCUAUACUGCGAGGAGCAUCAUUCAUUUCUUGCAGAUCGCUUUGUGGAGGGCGAGUGCCCUGACUGCGGCUAUGCUAAUGCCCGCGGCGACCAGUGCGAUCUCUGUGGCCAGCUCUUGGAGUCUCUGCAGCUCAGAAAUCCGCGAUGCAAAAUUGACGGCUCUACGCCUGUUACUAGGGACACGAAGCACAUUUUCUUGGAGUUAGAUAAGUUGCAGGCCAAGGUCGAAAAUUUCUUCCAGGACUCUACUGCGAACGGUUCGUGGUCGAAUAAUGGCGCUGUUAUCACUGCAUCUUGGCUCAAAGAAGGACUGAAGCCACGCAGCAUUACAAGAGAUAUUAGCUGGGGAACAAGAGUUCCAUUGCCGGGCUAUGAAGACAAGGUCAUAUAUUCAUGGUUUGAUGCUUGUAUUGGAUACGUAUCUAUUACUGCUCGCUAUACUGACCAGUGGGAGAGAUGGUGGCGUAGCCCUAAAGACGUUCAGCUAUAUCAGUUCAUCGGCAAAGAUAAUGUUGUCUUCCACUCUGUGAUAUUUCCUGCCUCGCAAAUUGGCACGGAGGAUACCUGGACAAGACUCCAUCACCUGUCUACGACAGACUACCUGACUUACGAGGGCGGGAAAUUUUCCAAGUCUCGUGGUAUUGGGGUCUUUGGAGACUCAGCCCAGAAGACUGGGAUCCCUGCUGAUAUCUGGCGCUGCUUCUUGCUCUCCCACCGCCCGGAGACUGGUGAUAGCGAGUUUACCUGGGACGCAUUUAUUAACUGCAAUAAUAACUUACUCCUCAAAAACUUGGGCAACUUCGUUAGCCGUGUUCUAAAAUUUGUUAACUCACGUCACUACAACAAUAUCGUGCCGAACUGGACCCAGUACCUCGAAGGCUCCUUUGCUACUUUUAAGGAAGAGAUCAACAGGCUUCUCGCUCAAUAUAUCCGAGAGCUUGAUGCCGUCAAGAUUCGCUCAGCUUGGUCGACGGUUCUCCAGAUAUCUCAGCAGGGUAAUGGGUUUUUGCAGCUGAAUAGGCUAGAUAACAGCCUUGCUGAAAACGAACCGUCUAAAUGUGCGGCAGUUAUUGGCAUAGCCAUCAAUACUGUUCACCUUCUUGCGUCUCUUGUUGCCCCAUACAUGCCGGACACAGCUAAUUCUAUCAACACACAGCUCCGCGCUAAUCUACUUCUCAUCCCAGACCGCUGGAAUGCAGAUUCUAUCAAGCCUGGUCAUGAGAUUGGUAGGGCCGAGCACCUGUUCACUCGUAUCAAGCCGGAAAGGGCAGAUGAAUGGCGAAAGAUGUAUGGCAGCGACGAGACGAAAAGGGCCAAGGAGGAGGAGAUUGCAAUAAAGGCGAAGCGAAAGGCGAUGACAAAGGUUGCGAAGUCAGGGAAGCCAGAGGAAGCAUGCAAUACCAACAAGGAAGAAGUUGCGGCGUCCAAGAUUGAAUGA